UAUUUCACAAAAUCCACAACAUCUUCCUGCUAUAUUUAGUCUGUGUGCUAUAGGGAUGUUGCAAGGUGAUGAUACUCUGACUACUGCUGCAUUAAGAGAGAUGGUUAAAUUACCUAUUAAAGUUAAUUCACCUGAAGAAGCUACGCAAUCUCUUUCUAAAUCAGUUCUCCUUAGACCUUAUGAACUAAUAAAUUGGAUUAACUUAUCAAAUCAUCUUAUCUCUCUUUCGAUUCCAUUUACUUCUGCUUCGAUAGCUGGUUCUGCAAUAGAAUUGAUAUCAAACCCAUUAUCUUCUUUAUCUAAACAAUUGACGACUAAAGAAAAAGCAAAGGUAUAUCAAAACUAUGCAUCUUCUUUGUUGAUUUCUAGACGAGCAAUUAAACAAGAUUUAAUCACAACUGGAGAAGAUAUAAGUGAUAGUAGCAUAAUUAAAGAUCCAUUUGAUGAUAUUGAGGAUAAUAAUACUGAAAAUAAAAAGGGCAAAAAAGACGAUAAGAAUAUAGAGUUAAAAGAAGAAUAUGAGAAACUUGGGUUAAAUGCAUUAGAAGCCGCUCAGCGAGCUAUCAGAAUUGCACCAUGGGAUUUAGUUGGAUGGUCUUUGCUUGACAUUGCAUAUAAAGAAAGUGAAUAA